GGGAUGAACACCACGACGAUCAGCUUCCGCGCCCUCCACAGCUUCCUGAACACAUCCAUCCUGGCUGCGGCCUCUAGCCUCAUGGAGGACCCGGGGCUCUGGGUCGGACCGGUCGCAACUCAGCAGGACCGGGUGUGAGAGUCACAAACCGGUCUCAAAGCACCGCCGACCGUAAAGAGCCGAAGGAGGAAGAGGGAAGCAGUCUCCUGAAGUUGUGUGGACCUGUGUGUGUGUCUCUGUAAGCACGGCAGCAUCAUGAGUGGGAGCGCAGAGGGGGUUUUCCUCUCUCCGCCAAGGGAGUGAGGAGGGAAGCAGAAAAGAAGAGGAGGACAGAAUAGAAGAAGUAAGAGAAGAGGAGGGAAGGACAAGGGGAGAGGAAAAGCAGCAGAGGAAGACAGGGAAAAGAAAAAGGAGGAAAGGGAAGCACCAAACUUUCCCCUAAAGGGUCUUUUCACCUCAUACUGAGACUCUGGUCGAGUCAAAGUACCCGGCUAUGAGGCUGUGAAUCCUCCUUCCUUCCUCUUACAGAGCUCUUCUUCUUUAUUACGUGACCCCCAUGUAUCCCAAAGUUGGACCCACCGCUCAAAGCACAGGCACCCACCUCUGGAUGCUGCUGUGCCCCCUGCUCUGUGCUGUGGUCCAGGCAAGGGGCUCCACUCUGAGCCCCGAGGACUUGCAGAGCAUCGUUAGCGAGUCGCUGCCGGAGGACAGGACCGGCACCAUAAUCCAGCUGCAGCCAGACCUGCAGACUGAAGCCCAGAUGCCAACGGAAGCACAGACAGAGACUCUGCCAACUCAGAGCAGCACCAGCAACUACACAGGUCUUUCCUGUAUCCCUGUCCUGCCGCCACGUCGGGGCUCCUUCUACGUAGAGAGUGGCACAGGCGUGUCCAUCGGCAGCGUGUUGGCCUUCUGGUGCAGGGAGGGAUACCAGCUGGUCGGCAGCGACAAACUCUACUGCAACGUCAGGAACGGCAAAGCGCAGUGGAGCAACUACCUGCCUGUCUGCGAAGCGAUCCCCAGGCCUGAGGACCGCGGUCUGAGAGUAGCUGUGUUGGCUUCAGUGGUGAGUGGUGUUGUCAUCCUCACCAUGUCCCUGUCCUUCCUAAUCUGCUGCCUGCAGGAACGAUCCAGUCGGGACCGAGCCAAGAAAGAGGGACGGAGCAGGCGCAGAGACAAGCGCUCGGCCCGUCGCAGCGAGUGUUGGCUGGAGAGAGAAGAGGGUGAAUGGGAAAAUUUUCCUCCUCCCAAAGUCUUUCAUCUCUCCCAGAGGAUGAACCCUCAUCUGGCUCCAGACAGCCCCCUGUACCUGACUGGAGGGCUGAGUGGAUAUGAGAACAGAGGUUACCAGAGGAGUCAGGAGAGUUUGCUGAAGGCCUCCCUGCCCGGACUCUACCGCUCCGAGUCUCAGCUUUACCCGCACGUGGUCCUGCAGAGGGUCCCGACUCCGACGGCCCCCUCCGCCCCUCUCGCUCCAUCCGCCCCCCUCUACCUCCACCUCCCCUCUUCCUCUGCCUCCUCCCCCGCCCACACAACUGCCCACGCUCAGCCUCACAUCAUGGCGCAGUAUCCCACCCCGACGUACCCGCCCCACCCCAACACGGCUGUGCCCGUCUACCGUCCAACGCCGGCGCCUAUCUACCCCAACCCCAACCCGACACCACAGCGGCCAUGGCAGUAG